UUCGCGUGGCGAUUUAAAUAUAUUUAAUGGUGUGUUUAUGGCGAAAAAAAAUGUCAUGCGAUUUUUAAAACGCGCGGGUGCUUUUUCUCGAAACGUGUGUUGGCAAUUCAUGGAAGACGCACCUGUGAAUGCAACCUGACAUCUCCUGUGACGUCACUACGGUACCUGCCAGCCAGUGUUGCAUUUUGGUAUCGUCUUGUUGGCAAAAGUCUUCUCCCCUAGAAAUAGGGACGUCUAAAUUCAGACGCGAGGUGAACGACUCGGAUCGCCAAAACAAAUCCCGUCCAGCUUUCGACCCGUCUACUGCGUUAUACUUUACACACACACACACACAUGUAUAUAUAUAUAUUUUUUUUCUUUUUCUUCUUCUGCUUUCCUUAUCGCCGACGUUUCCGUACUUUGGCCAGAUGGUCGGACAUCCCUAAACCCGCGCGGUGCAUUGAACUUGGUGCCAGAUUAUCAUCUCGAGCACGUAACCCUGGAUUUCCAAAACGGUCCGGAGCCUUCUCCGUUGGUAUACAUUAAAAGGGGAGCGAUCACGUGACGACGACGACGGCAAUUGUCGGUGCGCGCGGAUAGCGACAGCCUCGCCUUCGUCCCGAUGUCGAUCGACUAUAGUGGAGAGUGCACGCGGUGCGAUCGUCGCAACUCGCCAGGCUACUACCAAAAAAUCGCGCGAGAUGCUAAAUAGAAAUGGAGCUUUACUUGCCCUCCGUCGUCUAGUCGUUAGAUGGAACCGCGAAUGCUUUAAGUUGAGAUAUAAGAGAACUCCGAAAAAUGGAUAAGUGUCCCGUCGUCGGUUCGGCCGACGUGGAGCUCAACAACGGAAAGAGUGCGGUCAAUGGAAGUCGUAAGGUGACCAAUGGACGACACUCGAUCGGACAGCAAGAUGCCCUCUGUGCCUUAGAAUGUCCCAUACAGCAUUAUGCGGAUGCACGAGAUUACACCUGCGGUCUGUGGUCGUUUAGGCCCAAGCUGUUUAGAAGUUUUGCUAACAAAAAGACUUUCUUAAUUGUGUUUUGUUUAACCAGUGUGUUGCAGGGUAUGUAUUAUACCUAUUUUGUUAGUGUUCUGACGACUAUUGAAAAACUCUAUCAGAUUCAAAGUAAGACAACGGGUAUCAUCAUGUCUGCGACGGAGAUUGGACAAAUAGGUGGUGCCCUGUUACUUACGUAUUAUGGAGGACAGGGACACAGACCGAAAUGGAUAGCUUGUGGCAUGGUGGUUUUUGCAUUUUCCUCCGUUCUAUGUUCUAUGCCGCAUUUCUUGUUCGGCGGAGAUGUUCGGUCUCUGAAUGCCAAUUCGACCGCGUCGAAACACACUCCCCGUCUCUGUCACCUGUCGGAGAAUAUGACCGGCGAGACGACGUUUGGCAAUGAAACUUUUAAAUCUCCGGUGACUACAGAAUUUUCCAAAUGUGAUUCUAUAGAAGUGUCGAUUCAGCAGACUCGAAUCACCAAUGCAGUUCUUGCAGUGUUUUUCAUUAGUCUGCUUUUCAUUGGGAUUGGAGCGACUGCUGUCUAUACUUUAGGAAUUCCAUAUAUUGAUGAUAAUGUUGCCACAAGAGAAUCUCCUUUGUAUUUUGGUAAGUUAUUUUAUUUGUGAACAUAGAAAGAGAUUAUUUUAUUUGAUUUGGAAACUUACAAAUUUUAAAUUAGACAUC